GUCUCAGAAGCAGUUCCAGUGUCUGCAUCAGAACAGACUGAAGUUCCUUGCAUGUAUCCCGCUCGAUUCCCUUCCAUAGCUGUUGCACUUUGACCACGAUAUGAUGUGGAUAUAGAUCGAUAGCCACGAGGGAACUCAUGUACAUGGCCUUCCCAAUGUGGGAUUGCAAAUCGAUUAUCUCAUCCAAAGUGGAGGCAGUUCAUCAAUGUCCCUCAGCCGCGGAUCUGACGACGCUCAUCCGGUCAGGAGAUCCGUCCGUCGGGCCGUUUGACCGCAUCAACGACAACAAGUAUACAGAGCUUGCAAUGCAGCAUGAGCUCUUCUGCACUGGUCUGCUUGGUUCCAGCCGCGCCAAUUGCAAGAUGUACCCCACAGUCGGCAAGACGGAUACAAGCGUCGCCACGGCAACAUCACCUUCAUCACCACCCAUGGCGCACGCAUACAUUCCGACAGACCGCAACAUCUCAGGCAAUAGCGCCUGCAGCAAGGUGACCUCCCUACAUCAGCAACAGUGGCUACGACGGCGCGGUGGUGUGUUGAACAGGCUGUACGGGAUCCCUCCACCCCCGCAAGGAAGGCAAACCGUCCACAUCUGUGUCUCAUUCGCGCAGAGUAGCGGAUACGGAACAGCUGGCAGGGUUCAUACAGGCUAUUCGGAUAUGCCUGUCGUGCAAGCCCGACGGGCAUGUGGCGAUGCACGGGCCUGCAGACCAUGGGCAUAUCCGGAGUAG